UACUGUGAACAUCAAUCAACAAUGCUUUAUCGUGAAAAAUAAUUGUCGUAAAUGUACAUUCUUGUUUGUUAAUCUUGGUAUUGUGUCUCUACGUGAUAUCCAACUAGAGUAUAUUUGUGGUAUUUUUGUGGGUAAAUUGUGUGUUAAAAGUACUUUAUGCCAACUAUAACAGAUAUAACAAGAGAAAACGUGUAUCCACCAGCGAUGGCGUCUGAUGACUCGACGGAUGAGGAACAGGAUAGUGAGAUGCUCAGCGACGACCUGUGUCUACCUGACAGCGAUGAUGACACCAGACAGGCUCGGAGCGUUCAGAACCUGACAGAAGACCUCCCGCCUCUUACUUCCUGCCUGCUCCGACCUCCUCGGAAGCUGUUCACCAACUGCCGUGAGCGCUGGCGACAGCAGAAUGUGAGCGGAGCCUUCGCCGAGCUAAGGCGACUCGUGCCCACACACCCGCCCGACAAGAAGUUGUCCAAGAAUGAGAUCCUACGACAGGCUAUCAGAUACAUCGGUCUACUUUGCGAGGUUCUGGAAUGGCAGAAGACUCACGGGCUGUCCACCAACAAGGAGAACGCCAACCUCGCUAUCAAGUGCGAAUCGCCUCUAAGUCCACAGAGCAGACGACUUCGCCUCAAAAGACAAUAUUACCCAGAAGACGACCACCCCAGAACCAAAGUCUUCAUAGACAAUGAUUAUCAGAAAUACGGCAACGAAGAAAAUGAGGACUUCAAGAAAUACCAGCAGAGAUGCAAGGAUUUCUUCUUUGGGAAGGAUCAUUUGAGGGUGUUGAGGAAUCAGUACUAUUUGCAGCCAAGAUGGAGAAGUGUGCCAUUCAGGAGUUUGGCGGACAGGAAUGGAAAUAACUUGCUGAUGAUAGCACCAGCUCAGAAGAAGGAAGAGGAGAAGGAUAAGUGUGGAAAAGAUGGUGAUAAGUGAAGGGACCUAUUCUCCCUUAGUUAGAAGGUACUUUUAUUUCGAGAAGAUGCAUCACCGUUCUAUCUUGGCAUGGUUUGUUGUAGAUUUCACUCAGAUGCCAUUCAGGUGUCACUAAGGCGGAAUCCAACAUAACAUAAAUGUGACUAUAUCCCAAUUGGGGUAGUCAGAGGUACAUCUAUCGCAAGAUGAACUAAGCACCCAAACCUCACCGUGUUUUCUAUAGGACAAACGUGAUAGUUGGUGAGCUGUGUCGCCGUCUAUAAUGGUUAAGCCAACUAUGUUAGUGAAAGCUGCACUUAAGAUACAUUAAUAACUCAUUGGUGCAAGUCCGGUACCAGGGUUCGGAUCGGCGGAAACUGUACAGAAGAAAAUCCCGUUGAGAAGUCGCAUUUAUCAAGAUCGAAACAAUUUGAGAUAAAUGAAUCAUCAAGAAUGUAUUUGGGUGAAUAUCAAAAUUUCAAGUUUGGAGGCGACAUUUUUUCGUGAAAAAUUUCCGACAUGAAAAAGAUCCAAAAGGAUCCUGGGUUCCACCUAAUUUUUCACGAAAAAAAUAUAUGAAAGUUCGCCACCAAACUUGGCACAUUUUGAUAUUCACCCAUUUGUUAAGUCUAUAAGUAUAGGUUUUUAAAAUGUUAAAUGUUUAUAAUAAUAAUUAUUACUUAACUUUUCGGAACGCAGAUCUCAACCAGACACAAUGUACUUAGGGUGGUAUUAAUAAACUAAUCUUAGCUGAGACUGCUCUCAAGAUCAUGCUCAAGUCCCUGUUUUUAUAUAAGACAUUGACAUGAUCUUGAGGUCAGUAUGAAACGUUAUAACCUUUGCUGAAUCUAAUUAACUUCUCAUCUCCCGUGAUACCAGGCGCAAUAGACUUUAAGGGUGGUAUUAAUAAACUAAUCUCAGCUUGAAAACUGACCUUAAGAUCAUGUCAAUGUGACAGUUCCCAUAUAAAACAGAGACUUGAGCAUGAUGUUGAGAGCAGUCUCAACUGAGAUUAGUUUAUUAAUACCACCCUUAAAGUCUAUUGCGCCUAGUAUCACGGCAGAUGAGAAGUUAAUUAGAUUCAGCAAAAGUUAUAACGUUUCAUACACUUACCUUUUCUUUCAAGAAUAAAAUGAAAAUAAUACGAUGCUCAAACUAAAUGAGUUAUUCUGAGGCACUUUUGUUAUUAGUAAUACGUAAUUAUAAUUACCUAUUUAUUGUAUUUGACAAAAAUAU